AUGUCAGCGGAGGUGAGACUGAGAGAGUUAGAGUCGCUGACUUUAACGGGGAGGUUGCUCGGUCUCGAGGGGCUGCUGGAUGUUUUUGUCUGUGUGGUCGAGGAGCUAAGCCAGUCUGUUUUGACAGGACAGAAACACGUCCAGGAUUUCCUCGCCUGGGCUCGGCCGAUCGCGAGGGAGGUGAAAACUUUGCAGCUUCAACAGGACGACUUUGAAAUCCUGAAAGUCAUCGGCAGAGGAGCAUUCAGUGAGAUCGCCAUGGUCAGACUGAAGGACACGGACAGGGUGUACGCGAUGAAGAGGAUGAACAAGUCGGACAUGUUAAAUCAGAAGGAGACCGUACAUUUCCGCGAGGAACGUGAGGUCCUCAUCAAAGGGAGCGCCCAGUGGAUCACCAGAUUACACUUCGCCUUUCAGGACAGUCAUCACUUGUAUUUCAUCAUGGAUUACUAUGCUGGCGGAGACUUCCUGACAUUGAUGAGCAGGUUCGGGGAUCGCUUCCCGGAAACUAUGGCCCAGUUCUACCUGGCAGAGCUGGCUCUGGCAAUAGACUCUGUCCAUGAGCUUGGCUUCAUCCAUCGGGAUGUGAAGCCGGAUAAUAUCCUUCUGGAUGAGAAUGGUCACAUCAAGCUUGCUGACUUUGGCUCUUGUCUCCGGUUGGGAAUUAAUGGUCAAGUACGGUCAGCCAUCGCAGUGGGUACACCUGACUACAUCGCCCCAGAGAUCCUGCAGUCUGUGGAAGACCCUUCAGCGACGUACGGCCCAGAGUGUGACUGGUGGUCGCUCGGCAUCUGCUCUUAUGAGAUGCUUUUUGGACAGACCCCCUUCUACGCCGACUCCCUGACUGAAACCUAUGGGAAGAUUCUCAACCACAGGGACUGUUUUCAGUUCCCGGACUCCAUUCCUGAAGUGUCUGAUGAGGCGAGGACCUUUAUCCAGGGCCUGGUUUGCAGUAGGGAGGAGAGGUUGGGACGGAAUGGAGUCAGGGACUUAAAGGGACACGCGUUCUUCAGGGGCAUUGAUUGGGACUUCAUCGAUCGGACCGAGCCCCCUUUCAUUCCAACAAACACCAGUCGCAUGGACACCUCGAAUUUUGACGUGGAGGAUGAGAAUUUCAGCAGUCCAGUCCUUUCUCAGGGGACUUCAGAGCCAAUGUCCUGCGGUGUCUUUCCUGGGACACACCUUCCAUUUGCAGGAUUUGCAUUUUCCGCAAUCAGACAGGGUGACUGCAGAGAGGCUGCGGGAGCGAUGGGCCGUACAGUCAAUGCCAACCAGCUGGACUCCAGCAUGCAUCUGAGGGAUCUGGUUCGGCAAUUGCCUGAUAUCUCCACCUUGGACCUGUCAAUCCUAUUCACACUGCAGUCAGCACUGGAGGAGGUACUGAAGGGCAGAGAGAUUCUUGACACUGAGCUUCUGGAAACAAAGACCGUAAACGUGAACGCCGAAAGGCUACUGACAAAAGCAAAUGCCAGAAACUCAAGGUUGGAGGAAGAAUUAAAGAACACGAUGAGGGAACUGGAAGAAGUGAAAUGCAGAUUAAACCAUGAUUCAAUGCACUUCGAUCCUCAGUGUUUUCCGUUCUGCCCCGAACUGGACAGUCUGUGGGAUAGGGUCCAUGUGACGGCUGCCUCAGUCUCAGACUCACCGCUUGUGGUUCCUGUUCUUCGGUACCUUGUCUUGUUCACCGGGGCCCCUAGGUCAAUGGGAGUGAUGAAAGGACUCUUCCUCCUGUGGAUGGUGGGAUGCAGACUCACGGCACCUCCGUGCUGCCCAGUGGUACCUCCCUGAGAUCCCAUCGUGCCUCUGUCAUUGACCCACUCGGAAACAGA